AUGUCGAGUUUAUCGCCUCAACAACAAUCCUUUGGGUUAUACGAUUCGCCCAUGUCACCAUUGUCAUCACCGUCAUCGCCCAGCUUCCCCGAUGGCCCUACCUCUUCCAACGAUCGCAAGCCUACCACCACCACCACCACCGCAACCACCACUGUAUACGAUGUGCUCUACUCUCCCGACAAUCCCACUGAAUUCUAUAAUGGCGAGCAGCAUAUUGUAACUGCCGGCUGUCCACACUUGGCCCAGUACAAGAAACAACGACGCCAAAACGAUAACAGUAAUGACGAUGGCGAUCUAUUCGCCAACUACCGAUCGCUCGUACGCUAUUCACUCACCUGGCACAAGAGUCGAAGGGAGCUAUCAACAUCCACCAAUGGCACUAAACGUAAACACGCUCAGCAGUUACCGCUACCUGAAUGCUCUACAUGUCAAGAUCCAUUAUCAAGAUUGCACGUGUGUAUGCAUUGCGUCUAUAUGGGAUGCUGGCGUAAGAAUCAUAUGCGUGACCACAUGAAAAGCAAGCAGCACAACUUUGCUAUGGAUUUUGCCCAUCGAACCAUCUUUUGCAAUACGUGUGAGGACUAUGUGUAUGACACCGAGCUGAAUGAUUUGAUCGUGCGACAAGAAACUCUUCAAGUGGAAAGCGGGCAUAAGCGUCGAAGGAAGAGAUCCAAUACGGCAAAUGCUAGCUGGGAACCAUCAUCACAAGAAGUCAACACCAUUGUCCACCGGUCAUCUUUGACAUCAUGCCAAGGUGUACGGGGUUUAUGCAACAUGGGGAACACAUGCUUUAUGAACGUCAUCCUGCAGAGCUUCAUCCAUAAUCCAUUGUUGAAGGCGUACUUCCUAAGCGACCAACACAGCCCAAGUCGGUGUCAGACCAAAUAUUGUCUUUGUUGUGAGAUGGAUAACUUAUUUGCACAGGUCUACUCUGGCAAAAAGGAGCCCUAUGGACCAUGCAGCUUUUUGCAAUCCAUGUGGAUGAGUGUCCGAGAAUUAGCCGGUUAUGCUCAACAAGAUGCCCACGAAUUUUUUAUUGGUGCAUUGAACAAUAUCCACUCUGGAUGUGAAGGUCAUACCAUGUCAAAUUGCUCAUGCAUCGUCCACAAAACGUUUGCUGGUGUACUUCAAUCCAACGUCACGUGUCUAAAAUGCAACAAUGUUACAACAACGUUUGAUCCAAUGCUCGAUAUCAGCUUGGGAUUACGGCCUCUAGAAAAGAAAAAGAAGGGUGCAGCGAUAUCAGCGUCUGGUAGUGGAAGCACAACAAGCACAUCCAAGCAAGGGACUCCAAAUGGCAAAUCCGAUUCACCACCAGGAGCUGCCAACUCAACACCACGCCGCCCAAAGCAAGGAAAUACACUUGCCGAUUGCUUAGAUAGGUAUACUCAUCCUGAAAAACUUGGCCAAAAUGAAUAUAGCUGUAGUAAAUGUGGAAACACGUUUCAGGAGGCCACAAAGCAACUUUCAGUCAAACGACUUCCUCCCGUUCUUUGUUUUCAGUUAAAGCGCUUUGAGCAUGGUGUUUCUGUAAGCAAAAUUGAAACCAAGAUCAAGUUUCCUGUGGAUCUGGAUAUGACUCCAUACACAACUGAAGGCAUGCAUAAUGGAAAAUCUACAAGUGAUUCAAGGAACCUAUAUACCCUCUUUGCAGUAAUCAACCAUCAAGGCAAAAUGGAUAGUGGUCAUUAUACAAUGUUCUCCAAACAUCGGGGCGAGUGGUUCAAAUUUGAAGAUCAUAAUGUGACAACCACGUUCCAAAAGGAUGUUCUGGAUAGCAAAGCUCAUUGGAGUAUGAGAUUUCGCUAA